AUGUAUGGCAAGACCAUGGAAAAUGUUCGCAAGCAUGUUGACAUUAAGUUGGUUACACACUGGUACGGUCGGUAUGGUGCCGAAGCCCUUAUCUCUCGACCCAAUUUCCACAGUCGAGCGAUCUUCGAUGAGGACCUUGUGUCCAUCGAACUGCGCAAGACUGAAAUCCUACUCAAUAAAACGAUUUAUGUGGGUUUAAGUGUGUUGGAUAUCUCGAAAACGCUAGUCUAUGACUUUCCCUACAGUUACAUGCUCCAGAAAUAUGGUGCAGCAUGUAAACUGUUGUACACGGACACAGACAGUCUAGUGUACGAAGUGAAAUGUCAAGACAUAUACAAAGACAUGAAAGACGAGAUUGACAAGUUUGACACAUCUGAUUUUCCCGCAGACAACGCGUAUGACAUGCCGCAAGUCAACAAAAAAGUGCUCGGCCUUAUGAAGGACAAAUGCAAUGGUAAAAUUGUUACCGAAUUUGUUGGCUUGCGGAGUAAAAUGUAUAGCAUACGCGUUGAAGGUGAGGAUUUCGUUAAGAAAGCAAAAGGUAUUAAAGCAGGAGUCGUCAAAAAGACAAUAAAAUUUGAUGACUAUGUACAAUGCCUUAACAAUUUUGAAAUUCAAACCAAAACGCAGUACAAUAUAAGGUCACGGUUACAUAAUUUAGAGACUAUAAAACAAAUUAAAGUAGCUUUAAGUCCACAAAACGACAAACGAUAUUUGUUACCGGGUAGUACCGACACUCUACCGUGGGGACAUUAUGCGAUCCCCACAAUCGACGAAUGA